AUGGCGUCCAUCAUUGCCCGCCGAGCUUUCUCUACCUCUGCCCGCCGGCUCGCGACCAAUGAGCAGGCCCUGAAGUCCGAGACCAAGCGAAACCCGGAAUUGAUGAUUCUAGGAGCUGUCAUGGUCGCUGCUCUGGGCGGUGCUGGUUUCUACUUCGGCCGCACCCCGACCUCGUCCACAUCCGAGCAGAAGGUUCCCCAAGCUGGUAUGCCUUGGGAGACCGGUGCUACCGAGGGCAAGUAUCGCUACUACCCCGGUGGUGACGCCCGUGCCGAGCCCAAGGAUGCCCCGAGCGCCGUCAACGUCGUGGUUGUCCCCGAUGUCAACCUCCCGAAGAGCCUGCACGACAAGUACAACAAGUGGGGCAAGGAUGGCUACUAA